GUGCACAUCCACCGUCAGUCAUGGCAUUUUCCAGAUCGUUGCGGAUAUUCCAAUUUCUGAAGACUGUCCACAGAGGACAACCUUGUUCCGUUGCACGAACCUUUCAUACACAGAGCGUGCUGUCGUCUCAGAAUAUUACAUUUGAAGAGAAACCCGAGUUCCCUGGUUCAAAGUCACAAUAUGUCCACAAACUGGAGUAUAUUCAGCCCGAGAUGCAAGAGGGUAUUCCUGUCUACAGAGUCAUGGGAAGAGAUGGGAAGAUUGUGGAUGAAACACAAGAUCCCAAGCUGGACAAAGACACUGUGAUAAAGAUGUACAAAGACAUGACUCUCCUCAACACCAUGGACCGUGUACUGUAUGAGUCACAAAGACAGGGCCGAAUCUCCUUCUACAUGACCAACUAUGGCGAGGAGGGAACUCACGUGGGAUCAGCUGCUGCUCUUGACCCCAGAGAUCUCGUGUUUGGUCAAUACAGAGAGGCAGGUGUGUUGAUGUGGCGGGGCUUCACUCUGGACCAGUUCAUGAACCAGUGCUAUGGCAAUUCAGGGGAUGCAGGGAAGGGGAGACAGAUGCCAGUCCAUUACGGCUCGCGGGAACUCAACUUCAUCACCAUCUCCUCAACUCUAGCCACACAGAUGCCUCAAGCUGCUGGAGCUGCCUAUGCAUUCAAGCUGAAGAAGAACGACCUGUGCGUGAUGUGCUACUUCGGGGAAGGGGCAGCAUCUGAAGGAGAUGCUCAUGCUGCAUUCAACUUCGCUGCUGUGCUAGACUGCCCAAUCAUCUUCUUCUGCCGCAACAAUGGAUAUGCCAUAUCUACACCUACAAAGGAUCAGUACAAAGGAGACGGUAUUGCUUCACGGGGAGCAGAGUACGGCAUUCUGACAGUCCGAGUGGAUGGUAAUGAUGCUUUUGCUGUGUACAACGCUACAAAGACUGCUCGGGAAAUGGCUAUCAGUCAAAGCAGACCUGUCCUCAUCGAGGCAAUGACUUACAGGAUUGGUCAUCACAGCACCUCUGACGACAGUUCGGCUUACCGGUCAGUGGAUGAAGUAAGCUACUGGGACAAACAGGACAACCCUAUCCGUUUACGCAACUACAUGGUGAACCAGGGCUACUGGGAUGACGACAUUGAAAAGGAGUGGAAGCUGGAGUCGAGGAAGAAGGUGAUGAAAUCAUUUGCAGCAGCAGAAAACCGCAAGAAGCCAAACCCAGAGGAACUGUUUCAUGACGUGUAUGAAGAAAUGCCGCCACACGUACGACGCCAGAUGCAGGAGAUGAAACAUCAUGUUCAACAAUACAAGGAACACUACCCCCUGGAGCACCACGACAAGAUGUCCUAACUCAUACACAGAAUCUCUCAGUUUUCAACACACUCUGUCAGUCCGUCACAGGUUCAAGUUCGUACGCAGAUAUUUAUCAAUUCAGCUCUAUCAAUUCUUUUAAGUAGUGAAUAUUUCAAACAGGACAGACAUAUUGACUGUACAGGCUUUCAGUGUUUCUCAGAUAUUACUGUGAAAAAUGGUUCACACUUAAUUUUCAUGCUGCCAAAAUGACUUUAUUUGUUGUGGUUUUUGAUUUUCAUUUUUGUGAUUGAAUGUCAGUAUUGAUAGUUAAUAAUGUUGAUAGAGCCUCCAUUUAUUUCCAGUUUUCAAACUGCCAUGUGUACCUAGAGCUAUGUCAAUAUCUUCGACAUGUGAGCGAAAUAUUCUCAAGUACGACGUAAAACCCAAUUUCACCUCACCUAUGUCAAUAUGUAAGGGCUUUUGGGCUGAAAUUAGGUGCAAACUUAAUUAUCUGCCCACUUGGCAAGAUUGGUUUGUUUAACAGGCAUGUAUGAUUUAAACAUGCCUGUU